ACGGCGGCCGAGUGCGAGAAGGGAGUGCGAACCGGGAGAGCGGCUGCGAUCGGCCAGGCGCCUGCGCGGUGUCCGGGCCCCCGGAGCCCGCGGCGCUGAGCCAGCCGGGACGGACAUGCGCGGGAGGGCGCCGUGGGGCUGCCGCGGCUCCGCGGGGGACCAGAAGCUGCUGGCGGACUGACGCGCCCCGGGGUCCCGGCGUGAGCACGAUGUCCACCGCGGGAGUGGCUGCUCAGGAGGUUCGAGUCCCGCUGAAGACCGGGCUGCUGCACGAUGGGCAGGCCAUGGGCAGCCUGAGCACCUGCUGGGGCAGCCGCCGGGAGUUCGAGAAUCACUUUUUAAACAUUGACCCGAUAACCAUGGCCUACAGUCUGAAGUCUACGGCUCAGGCGCACCUGAUGUCUCUCGGGCGCGCGGCGGCCUCUGCUCCGACCAACGGCCACCGCCUCGCAGGGCAGGGCGCCUGUCCAAAGCCCGCCCUGCCCCCUCUUACUCUUCCCACGAGUGAGAACUUGGGACCCCGCGACGAAGACCAAGUCGUAGGUGGUUUUAAGAAACUCUCGGUAAAUGGGGGGUGUGCUCCCACGCCCCCGCACACACCCAUGAAGACCAGCAGCCCGUCCCCCUUCCCCUACCAGGCGCUCGAGCGGGGCUCCAGGCCCCUGCCCCCGCUGCCCAUCUCGGAGGGGCCCUCCCUGGACGACACGGAUUGCGAGGUGGAGUUUUUCACCUGCUCCGACACAGACUUGCUUUUGGAAGACUGCGCGCCUCCCGACUUCAAGUACGGCGUCCCCGGCAGGCGGAGCUUCCGCGGGUGUGGCCAGAUCAACUACGCCUAUUUCGACACGCCGACCGUGUCUGUGGUGGACCUCAGCCAGGCGUCCGACCAAAACGCAGGGGGGCAGCACCCAGACCCCCCUCCGCCCCAGAGCCACCGGCGGUUGAGGAGGUCUCACUCGGGACCAGCCGGAUCCUUCAACAAGCCGGCCAUAAAGGUGCACGGCUACGUGCACAGAGCUUCCCCGAACUCCGAUGAAGACAAACCUGAGGUCCCCCCCAGGGUCCCCAUACCUCCGAGGCCCGUGAAGCCAGAUUACCGAAGGUGGUCGGCCGAAGUGACUUCCAGCACCUACAGCGACGAAGACAGGCCUCCCAAAGUGCCACCGAGAGAACCUCUGUCCCGGAGCAACUCCCGCACGCCGAGCCCUAAAAGCCUUCCGUCUUACCUCAACGGGGUCAUGCCCCCCACCCAGAGCUUUGCCCCCGACCCCAAGUACGUCAGCAGCAAAGCUCUGCAAAGACAGAACAGUGAAGGGUCUGCCGGCAGGGUGCCCUGCAUCCUGCCCAUAAUCGAGAAUGGGAAGAAGGUGAGCUCCACACACUAUUACCUACUACCUGAGAGACCGCCGUACCUGGACAAAUAUGAAAAGUUUUUUAGGGAAGCCGAGGAGGCGAACGCGAGCGCCCCGACGCAGCCCUCACCUGCCGACGGCGGCGUGGGCUCGGCCGCGGACAGGCUGGACCCGAAGCCCAGGGCGGAGGGGGGCGGCCACGCGAAGCGGAAGCACUCGCCCUACGUGGUCUCGCCCUAGGCCCCGGCACGUGGCCCGGUCCAGUCCGGCGGGGGCCCGGGGAGCGGGGCUCCUCUGGCCCUUUCCCAGCUUGCCCGAGGUUCGCGGGAGACCGCUCCCGGCUGCGGAGCGAACUGUUGAACUCCGGAGAGGGGCUGAGCGGUGCUGUUGUGCGGAGGGCCCGGCUCGCCUCCGGCGCGGGAGAGGUCUGUCCAGGUGCGGAGACGCACGGGCAGGGCGGGGCGGUGCCUACGCGAUCGUCACGGGCCUACGUGUACACGCGUGGCGCAGCCGUAGCCCCGGUAGCAGGUUCGCCGGCUAGCGACUGCCUUAGAGUGAUUAAUAUAUAUUCAGGCCGUGAGAACUCGCGCUGGAGGAGGACUCCGGGCAGCCCGGAAACUGAGCACAUGGAAGAAAACACAGUAUUUAGAUCAGAAUCCUAAAAAUUAUUUUUGCUUAGUAGUGAGUGCGAAGAUUUCUGGCUCUUCGGUCUGUUAUAUUUUGUUUGGUCUAUUUUUGCAAGCAGUCUUCUCCUGGGGCGCGGGGUGUGCGUGCAUACAGCCGCUCGCUGUGGCUGUACCCACCUAGCGGAGCAGCCCCACGCGCUCCAGGUUUCACGUGCCGUGCCGCCGAGGGCGGGGCCCGCAGUGUGUCUGGCAGCCGCACUCUCACCUGUGCAUGUCUCACGUCUUGGAAAAUGAGAAGAUAGUGCAGCAUUUUCCCGCCAUUCCUGCUUCGCCCCACCCACCGGACGGCCCGCGGUCGCAGGCGCCUCCCGGGGCGGCGGGCCGCAGUGGACUCAAAAGGCGGACUGUUGACGCCAGGGCUCGGGACGCCGCUUUUUAAGCAACGAUGGAACGCUUAGCUAUGCGAUGGAGAGUUACUGUGUGGGGGUGUGUGGUGGGGUUUUUUUGUCGUUUUCUUUUUUUUUUUUUUUUUAGACUAUUAAUAAACAAAUGCAGCACAAGCUGGCCUUGUGUUGCAGGUUCCUACCCAGUAUUUCCUGAGGAUUGUUUGCUUUUUAAGUAAAACACUUCUGACCAAGAGC